AAGGGUGUCGUCAAAAUAGCGCCGCCUCAGUGGAACUUCGUUCGUCGUCGUGAGCGCCUAGGUUUGGCACGGUGGAGGUGCGAAGCAAAGCUUCGGCAAAGUGGCCGUGUAUAAGAACUUUAACGAUUGCCGAACGCAGUCGCGUUCGCGCUUGGUGCAUGUGUACGCGUUGGGAUCGGCGUUUACUUGUCAAAGAAGAAGAAGAAGAAGAAGAAAGUAAUAAGAAAGAGAAGAAGAAGAAGAAGGAAGAGGAGAUAGCUAUGAUGUAUUUUCGUGUAGUUAAUCGUUAUAGGAAGUUCGACAGCGGGAAGAUGUCGUCGGGAAGAUAAUCGUUGUCCGAGAGGAGCCUACGGGCAAGUCUCUUGAAGGCUUUUAAACGAAACGGAGUAAGGAAAGGAGGAGAAAGAAAGAGAGAGAGAGACACUUGGCACUCCGUUCAAAAAUAUAUAUACAUAUACAUGGAUGGUGAGAGAGAAAGAGUGGUAUAGUGGUGUAUACAUGAGGACACAUAUUAUAUCGUAUUUAGCAUCCUUGUCUUUCUCUCUCUCUUGCGGGAUUUGUCCGUCUACUUAGAGUCAACGUCGACACACCACCACCACCACCACCACUAACACCGGGGACGUUUAUCAUAGUUUGACGAUUGUUGCAAUCGUCAAUGCUUAAACCGUAAUCACGGAAACGGUAAUAAGUACUAGUAGUAGUUUAUUUGUUGUUUUGUUGUGUUGCUUGUAUACAAAAGAAAAGAAUAAAUAAAAAAAUAAGAAAGAAAAAGAGAGGGAGAGAGAAAAAGUAGAGGAAAAGGAAAAGGUGACAGUAGGCAACUCGUCGUUGGAAUUUAUGGUGCGCUUGCGAGAAACUGUGAAGUGAAAGAAAAAUAGAAAGAGAGAGAGAGAAAGGUAGAUGCGAAAGAUUAUUGGAGAUAGAAAAAGAGAGAGAUAUAUAUAUAUAUAUAUCGGUGACGGGUGUGUGUGCGCGCGAGAGAAAACGAGAGACAUACGGUGCUAGAAAAGGCACGAAAAAGAAAUCUUUCGAUAUAUUGAUCUAUCGACUUUACUAAACUAUUCUUGAUUAUUAUUAUUAUUACCAUUACUGUCGUCGUCGUCGUCACCGUCAUUGAUGGUGGUUGACAGUUCGUCGUUUAGCUUGUAGUUUCUUGUGCAUCAUCUAAAAUAUUAAGAAUAACGCGCGGAAGAUAUAAAAGUUAAAAAAACGAAAAACAAAAGAAGAAAGAAAAAUGCCGGGCCUAAUCGCGGUGAGCGAGUUCGUCGAGGAAACGAGGGAGGACUAUAACUCGCCCACUACGUCGACCUUCGUUUCACGAAUGCCACAAUGCAGGCAGACCAUCACAUCCCUCGAAGAAACUCUGGACUUCGACAGAGAUGGUCUAACCAAAUUAAAAAAGGCUAUCAAGGCAAUUCAUAAUUCGGGGAAUGCCCACGUCGAUAAUGAAGUUUAUCUCGGAAGAGCCCUUGAAAGACUCGGCGAUGCUGCCCUUAAAGAACAAGAGCCUGAUAUAGGAGCAGCAUUCCUUAAAUUCGCAGUAGUCACCAAGGAAUUGAGUGCCCUUAUGAAGACUUUGAUGCAAAACAUCAAUAACAUUGUAAUGUUCCCGUUGGAUUCGGUACUGAAAGGAGAUUUGAGAGGUGUAAAGGGUGAUUUGAAAAGACCAUUUGAAAAGGCGUGGAAGGAUUACGAGGCAAAGUAUGCGAAAAUCGAGAAGGAAAAAAAGCAACAUGCCAAGGAAGCUGGCCUUAUUCGUACGGAGGUUACACCAGCCGAGAUUGCUGAUGAAAUGGAGAAGGAGAGGCGAUUAUUUCAAUUGCAAAUGUGCGAGUAUCUUAUAAAGGUGAAUGAAAUUAAGACGAAGAAAGGUAUCGAAUUGUUGCAGCAUCUAGUCGAAUAUUAUCAUGCUCAGACAAACUAUUUUCAAGAUGGUUUAAAGACUAUAGAACAUUUUGGUUCUUACGUGGCUGAUCUGAGCGUUAAGCUGCAAAAGAUUCGACAGACUCAAGAUGAAGAAAGAAGACGUUUGACGGAAUUAAGAAGUUUGCUUAGGAGUUCAGGUUGCGAUAAAGAGUUAAACGUAAAUGCAAGUGUAGGAUAUUCCUUGCAUCAGCUUCAAGGUGAUAAGCAACACGGAGUAACACGUUCUGGACAUUUGUUGAAAAAAAGCGAAGGAAAGAUGAGGAGGGUUUGGCAAAAAAGAAGAUGUGCUGUACAAGCCGAGGGUUAUUUGGAUAUUUGUCAUGCCGACGAGAAUAAACCACCUACGAGAGUGAAUUUACUUACGUGCCAAAUAAAGCUUGUACCGGAUGAUAAAAGAGGCUUCGAUCUUAUAAGUUAUAAUCGUACGUAUCACUUUCAAGCGGAAGACGAAGCAGAUCAGCGCGCUUGGAUGUCAGUAUUGGUAAAUUGUAAGGAAAGAGCUUUGUUAAGAGCAUUCGAUGCUAGUGGGAAAGCUGAAGCUGGCCAAGGGAAUCCUAGUUUAGUUGAAUUACAGCAAGCAGUGAUUAGAUGUGUUAUGCGAUUACCUGGAAACGAACAAUGUUGUGACUGUUCCUCUCAAAACGAUGCUACCUGGUUAUCUACAAAUUUUGGAAUAAUCGUAUGUAUAGAAUGUAGUGGGAUUCAUCGAGAUUUAGGUGUGCAUAUAUCAAGGAUACAGUCUUUAACUUUAGAUAAUGUAGGAACUGCCCAAUUAUUAUUAGCGCGGCAUAUGACUAAUCAAGCAUUUAACGAAGUUAUGGAAGCUACAUUACGUCAUAAUCUUAAACCAACGCCUACAUCUUCAAUGGAAGAACGAUACGAAUUUAUAAGAGCCAAAUACGUUGAUAAAAAAUACGUGAUGAGUACUUGCGCGGAUGAACGAGAUCUCUUAUCGGAUUUAGAACACGCAGUUAACAAUCGUGAUUUACAACAACUUUUACAAGUUUAUGCUGAGAACGUUGACCUAGCGGCACCUUUGCCCACCUCGGAUAUCGGUGAGACAGCUUUACAUUUGGCAAUCUUACGCGAGAUGGGCAAUAGUUUACAAAUAGUGGAUUUUCUAAUACAAAAUAUGUCAACUGGUGGUAUUGAUAGGAUAACGGUUGACGGCGAGACAGCGUUACAUCUUUCAGCGAGACACGACAGAUCGGAAGCUAUGAAAUUACUUUUAAGAGCUGGCGCUGAUCCAAGUUACAGAAAUAAACAAGAUAAAACUCCUUUGGAUAUUGCGCAAGAAAUGGGACAUCAUACUUGUAAAGACUUACUUACUCAUGCUUUACAAAGACAGAAGACAUUAUUUGAUAAUGUUAACAUCGAUUGGAACCUUUCUCAUGAUGAAGGAUCAACGGAUUUCUCUGAUGAUGAAACAAUCAUCGAAGAUAGGAACGGCUGUUUAACGCCUGAGAAGAAGUCACGUAGCAGACCACCUUCGUAUGCUGGUGGUGGAGGUACAGGUUCUGGUGAUUCACCGGUGACGUUACGUAGUCGUAGCAGUACUUGUGACAGUCUACAAAGUGGUUCCUCCCCGAGUUCUUCUACAAACAGACAACAAAUGCCACCGCCACCUCCACCACAAACGAGAAAACCUGUUGCUGUACCCACGCCGAUGACACCAGAUAUUUCAAUAAAUAUCCAUGGAUCGUUGAAGAAACGUGUCGCACCGCCUCCCCCACCGUCAGGAAGCUCAAGUGGCAUUCCAUCUCCUCAUUAUGGUACACUACCUUCGUCAGCGUCAUUAGCAACAUCCACACAUAGCCGGACGACGAGUGAGCCAAUCUUAGCUGGACACACCUUACACACACUAUCGCAUACUCUAAACACACUUAACAAUCAACACCAUAAAAGAUCACCCAGUGGAGACUCUUCUACAGGGCAUGGAAUGGACAAAACCAAUAGUUCAACAUUACAAAGACCACGUAAUCCACCACCACCUGCACCGUCCAGCGUUAGCACUUCCAGAUUGAGUAAUGGUCGUAGUAGCGAGUCCCUAAGUUCAAUGUGUUCGGAUCAUGGCCUUGGCAAUCCUGUUCCUCCUCCACGAAAGCCAACGUCAUCGACCUUGAAUGGUUUUCGACGGUGUCGAGCACUAUACGAUUGCGAGGCUGAUAACGAGGACGAGUUAUCAUUCCGUGAGGGUGAGGUUAUAAUAGUAACUAACGAACAAACCGACGAUGACAAUUGGAUGGAAGGUGCAUUGGAAAGGGCACCUGAAAGGAGAGGAAUGUUCCCGAUAAGCUUCGUUCACAUGCUGCAAGAUUAACAUUCGGUAAGCCUAAACUCGUUGGCAAGUGUCUCGAGUACGGCAAGUUCAGUAAGCAUCGCCAGUCUUGGAAGAAGAAAUUGGCUGAGAAAACAAAAGGAUUGAAGGAAUUUCAGAAGAAUUUCAACGAUUUCACCAAAAUUUUCCGGGAUUUAGAGACGUGAAUCCUUUUAUUUAUUAAGAAUAUUUCGGUUUUUAUAUUAGAGAGAGGGAGGGGGGUUUGUUAAGGGAGGAUAAUAUGAAAAUGGGGAUCAAUCAGGGAGAAGAACCACGUAUAAAUAAUGAGUUUUAUUUUUGUUGUUGUGUUUUUGUUUUCGUCCUAUUUCAAAGUUGAACGGAAAUUGUGUUCCUCAGUUUUUUUUUUUCUUCUUCUCUCUCUAUUUUUUCCUUCUAUGUUUCUCGUUGUUUAUAUUUUUUCUUUUGUUAUAAUUUGGUGGAAAGAACAAAAAUAUGUUGUCCCGAUUAUAAAUUAGUCUUGUUAACGUUCAAAUAUUUUGAAUAAUGAUCACGUGAUCAAUUUUUGUUUUUUUUUUUUUCGGUUUUAUUACAAAGCAGAAAAAAGGAACGUGGAGGAGAAUAGGAAUGGAUGGAUAAGUGGCGGCAAAAUUUGAAAUCGUUUCUUCUUUUUAAUAUCAAAGAGAAAAAUUAAAAGUUUAUCGAGAAGAGAAAGGAGAUAUGACAGUUCGUGAUCAAUCCAAAACUAAUUGUUAAAUGGAUUAAAUUAUUGAUCAAGUAUUCGAACAAAUUAAAAGAUAAUAAUAAAGGAUGAAAGGAAAGGAGUAGAAAAAAAGAAAGUAAAAGAAGAAAAGAAAGAAAUCAAAAAAAGUCGAAUUAAUCUAUCGGUAUGAAAUACACGACGAGGAUUAUUUCGAUGUGCUUAAAUAAACAAAUCCGCUGAAAACGGAUAGUUGCUUGGUUCUAAGCCGUUACCAAAAUGUGAUAUCGUAUAUUUCAUUGUAAAUCGUCAUAGAAUACACACGCAUACAAACGCACACGAACACACACACAUAUACACGCGCGCAUUUUCAUUGAGAGAAUUACGUGGUGGAGUACGAACACAAAUUUGACGUAAAAAGAAAAAAAAAAACAACAAAAGAAAAAAGCAUGUCGGACAAAAAAGAAAAA